UCCAAGCACCAACUGUUAUAUGCAACAUGGAACAACCCUCUCAACCAUCACCUCAGGCCAAACUCUACAACCCGCAUCCACCAUCUCCCGCUGAAGUUUCUGACCAUGCUCUUCAUUCGGAUAAAGUUCCUUACUUUGAAACGGUUUUGAAAGGAAAAGAAGAGGGAUUGGUGGGAAAAGAAGUGGAAGAAUUCAAAGAAAGAGUUGAGAGAGAAGAGAGAAAUUGGUUGAUGUUAAAGGCUUUGGAGUUUCUUACGUCAAUGAAGGAUCGCUUAUGUAGAGUAAUAGAGGGGCUAGAGGGAGAAAAGGAUGAGAGUUUUGUGAAAGAAUGCGAGGGGGAGAGGGUUUGUGUGGAAUCAAAAUUAGAUGAGGAAUCAAGGGUGUUAUUGGAAGAGGCAAGGUUGAUCUCAAGGCUAGCAAUUGAGGUGGAAACAAGGGUGGAUAAUUAUAAGGAGUUGAGGAGGAAGGAAAAGAGAGAGUUGGAGAAUAGUUUGAUAAGUUUAACCGAGGAGAAUAGGGAUAUUAAUAACUUGCUUAGGAUUGCUUUGCUGGAGAAAGAAUCAUUGGAGAAGAGAAUGAAGGGACAUGACCAUAAAAGGACGCCCCUUUUACAGUUUGCUGAGUUUGGAUUGCAGAAAGUUGGGUUUGGGUUCAUGAUGGGGGGUGGCAAUAUUGAGCAACCUACAGAGAUUUCUGGGGCUAACACAGUGACUAAAUCAGAUAGUAGUGAGUCUGAAGAGGAAGUUGUUAGUCUGGCCUCAACGGUGGAAAGGAUAAUGAAGAAUCUACGUCUUGAAAUCACUCAAUUGAGGAGAUCUUUGGAUGAAUCUAGGUCAGAUACAGAGCGCCUCCAGUGCCUCACAGAUAAACAAGCCAAAGAAAUUGUAGAAAACAAACUCUACAUUAAGGAGUUAGAAGAUAGAGAGAGAAUGUUGACUCAAAAUGUAGAGGAGUUUUUUAUGGAAAUUAAAGAAGCAGAAGAAGAAGUUGCUAGAUGGAAGGAAGCUUGUGAGUUGGAAGUUGUAGCUGGAAAGAAUGAGAUUCAAGAGCGUGACAAAGUGGUGGCUGCUUUGAAACAAGAACUGCAGAAAACAAAGGCAGCUUUGGACAUAUCAAAUGGAAAAUUAAGGCUUAAAGAGGAACUUGCAAUGACAGCAAUAGCUGCACAGGAAGCAGCAGAGAGGUCUUUGAAGCUGGCUGAUGGUAGAUCAGUUGAACUUCGUCAGAGGAUUGAAGAACUAACCAGACAAUUAGAAGAAUCAGAGAAACGUGAACGCAAUAGCCAUAAAGUGAGACGCAUAUGUUGGCCAUGGCAAGUUUUUAAUUUGAGUUCUGCUAAUAUUACAAACACUAGAGUUGGAAAUGCUAAAAGGAUGCUACCAGAAAUGCAAGCCUUAAUUUAAUUCAAUGAAUUGUAUAUAAAUAAUUUUCUUGAACAAUGAGUUUAUUUAUCUUAAACACGACACCUAUAGUUCUUGUAAA